CAACAGGAAAGCUGGAGGGAAGUAGUGGACGUCACCACCCCUCGAGUCCCGACUGACUGUAAGUCGUCUCGGGUUGGAAAAUGUCGCAUUUACUAAACUCCUCAAUGAAGCUUGUGCUUUUGGAAGCAUGGAUAUUCAGUGUCCUUACACAAGGGAUAUUUUCUGACACCUGCCCACACUGUCAUGAGCUAGCAAGGUGUGAGAACAAGACCUGCAAAUGCAAAGAUGGCUAUACUGGUAAUGGAAUAAAUAACUGUCAAGAUGAUGAUGAGUGUGAGAGGGUGCCCUACAUAUGUGGUGACCACGCCACCUGCACCAACACACUGGGAAGCUACCACUGCACCUGUAAAGCAGGCUUCAGCUCUACAAAUGGGGCAAAAGAGUUUUGGCCUAACGACGGAACCCACUGUGAAGAUAUCAAUGAAUGCCAGCAGACUGAAAUAUGUGGGCCGUUUUCCAACUGCUAUAACACUAACGGGUCCUUUCACUGCUCGUGUCAAAGAAAUUAUGUUUCAACAACUGGGGCCAAGUUAUUUCAGCCAGACUCACGGACAACUUGCUUAGAGAACCCUGUCCCUAACUGUCAUGAAGACAGACAGUGUUUAUCAAGUCGAAUCAGAGCCACCCUACACAAUAUCAGCAGUCUAAGCCCUCCCCAGCAGCUGUUGGGGGAGAUGAAGAAGCAAACAUCAGGAGAAUUAAACUCAGUUGAUGUAAUCGCCUACACAGAGGCUCUCUCUGCUGCAGCCAUGAACUUCAAUAAAAGUGGGAGUAAAAGUUACUCUGAUGAUCAAGUUCCCGUGAAGGAAGCCAUUAUGGACUUUGUUGAGACAGUGAACAAUCUGGUAGAAUAUAAUGAGUUGGAGGCAUGGAACAGAAUAGAGGAACACCAGCGAGAGCUGACCCUGACCAAGCUCUUCCACUCAGUGGAGCAGGGAACUCUGGCCUUGUCCAAAAUCAACAGCAACGUUACCAGCGUGGAGGUCAAUGAGGGUGACAUAGAAUUAAAGCUCUACAUGCUGAAGGGUCUGGAGAGGAAGAAGAAAGUCUCUGUCUCCCUGGGAGUAAAUUCCAUUGUUUUAACACCCAAAAAAGUAGAAACAGCUUCCAGUGGAAGUGUCCCCGUGGUGUUUGUCCAAUACAAGCAUAUUGGGGUGGUCUUGGAGCCCAAAAUUGACCCAGGACUGGUUGAUUAUACAAGGUUUGCUGCAGCUGGUCCGGUGAUCGUGAACUCAGAGGUCUUAGCAGCUGCCAUAGGUUCUCCUCACUUGUACCCACUUAAAGAAGUGUCUUUUACUUUGAAGCAUUCAGAGCCCAUCGAUCCUGUGGCUGACAUGACGAAGUGUGCGUUCUGGGAGUAUUCUCUGGACACUAUGGAGGGCCGCUGGGCAUUGGCAGGGUGCCAGCGCUCUCACGUCAACAGCUCCCACACCACGUGCACCUGCAAUCACCUGACCCAUUUUGCCAUCCUCAUGUCCUCAGGACGGGCGAACCUUGUGGCCCACUACAACAUCCUGACGCGGAUCACGCAGCUGGGUAUGGUGAUCUCCCUCAUCUGCCUGUCCAUGUGCAUCUUCACCUUCUGGUUCUUCAGCGAGAUCCAGAGCACCAGAACCACCAUCCACAAGAACCUGUGCUGCAGCCUCUUCAUGGCCGAGUUCAUCUUCUUAGUCGGGAUCAACAUGCACUCCCACAAGCUGUUUUGUUCUGUGAUUGCUGGGUUGCUGCAUUAUUUCUUCCUGGCUGCGUUUGCAUGGAUGUGUAUCGAGGGCAUUCAUCUCUACUUGAUAGUCGUUGGUGUCAUCUAUAACAAGGGCUUCUUGCAUCGCAAUUUCUACAUAUUCGGAUAUGCUAGCCCAGCUAUUGUAGUUGCCAUAUCCGCCACACUUGGCUAUAAAUACUAUGGAACCAACACAGUGUGUUGGCUGAGCACUGAAAAUAACUUCAUCUGGAGUUUCAUUGGCCCAGCUUGUUUGAUUAUCCUGGUAAACUUGAUGGCGUUUGCUGUUAUCAUCUAUAAAGUAUAUCGGCAUACAGCUGUGAAGAAACCUGAAAUAAGUCAUUAUGAAAAUAUACGGUCUUGUGCCAGAGGGGCUCUGGCCCUCCUGUUUGUGCUCGGGGCCACAUGGACAUUCGGAGUUCUGCACAUCCUCAACGAGACCACGCUGACUGCAUACCUUUUCACAUUCGCCAACGCAUUCCAAGGGAUGUUUAUCUUCAUCUUCUUGUGUGUGUUAUCCAGAAAGAUUCAAGAGGAGUACUACAGGCUGUUCAAAAACGUCCCAUGUUGUUUUGAAUGCUUCAGAUGAGUAUUGGACAAUUAAGAAGAGUCUUUCAUUUCUACCGUUGGCCUGAAGAUUCUUUUAUGUGCAACUUUGUGUGUGUGUGUGUGUGUGUGUGUGUGUGUGUGUGUGUGUGUGUGUGUGUGUGUGUGUGUGUGUGUGUGUGUGUGUGUGUGUGUGUGUGUGUGUGUGUGUGUGUGUGUGAGAGAGAGAGAGAGAGAGAGAGAGAGAGAGAGAGAGAGAAUUUAAUAUGCUGAAGAACAACACUGGAGGAAUCCAAUGCACAUCUUUAUAUUAUAACAAAUACUGUGUGUGACUACAAGCAAUGUGCACAUAAUGUGCCUUCCCUGUGUCCUCUUCUGUGUCAACUCUUCUUGACAUAAAGAUUUCAAUAAUGAUUAACUCUCUCUAUCCAUCUCUAUCUCUCUAUCUGUGUGUGUGUAUGUUUAUACGUAUUUAUAUUGCUUGUAAUAUUGAGUACAGCACCAUAUGGCUACCACUUAAACAGCUAAAAGCUAAAAGUCUCUAUAUAUGAUGUUUGAUAUAAAACAUUUUGAGUACUGUUGAGCAGGUUUUAUUUUCUAUACUUUUAGUAGUGUUGUUUAUUUUGACUUGUGUUUUUAGAUUAUUAACAUCGUCUUUGAGAGUACUACAAUGCUAGACAUGCACCUUUCCAUAUGCUUGUAUACAAUCUAUUUUAGGAUCUUCCUUGAUUUUUCAAUAAGACUGUUGUUCUUAUCAGACCACACAGCACGAUAGCACACCGACAUUUUUAAUGCUGCACAAAUGCAGGACUUUCUAUGGAAACAUUUUUACACAAAACUAUACUGAUCUCUUCAUAUGUGGCAAAGAAUAAAUAUUGUGUGCAGAACCGUCCGAAUAAAGGUUAUCUAUCUGUU